AUGGUGGACGAGAAUUACACCCAGCUGCUGCUGGAUGCGGCGAGUCGGGGAAAUAUAACCGCAUUCAGCACGGCCGCUGGACCGACCAUGUCGCAUGAAGAGGAGAUGCAAACGGAGAUGAUCGUAUCGACGAUCGUGCCGAUCUUUUUCGGUUUCAUCGGCAUUACCGGACUGCUCGGGAACGCGCUCGUUGUGCUCGUCGUCCUGUCUAACCCCCAGAUGCGUUCGACGACGAACCUGCUCAUCAUCAACCUCGCUAUCGCGGACCUGCUGUUCGUGGUGUUUUGCAUUCCGUUCACCGCGACCGACUACGUCUUAGCGUCCUGGCCGUUUGGUGAUCUCUGGUGCAAAAUUGUCCAGUACCUGAUCGUCGUAACGGCCCACGCUAGCAUCUACACACUCGUGCUAAUGUCGCUGGAUCGUUUCCUGGCUGUGGUGCAUCCGAUCGCUAGCAUGGUCAUACGGACGGAGAAGAACACAGUGCUCGCGAUUACGAUCCUGUGGGUACUGAUCAUCACCACUGGGCUGCCCGUGCCCUUCGCACACGGCAUCGCGAGAUUCAGAUACAAUGACCGCGACAUGGCGACAUGCGGGUUUCUGAAGAAGGACACCCCCGCUUUUCCAACUUUCCACAUAGCGUUCUUCCUUAGUUCAUACGUUGUGCCACUGAUACUGAUCAGUGUCCUGUAUAUGUGGAUGUUAUCACGAUUGUGGCGAAGUUCCGUCGGAGGUCGCUCGGCGGAAUCGAAGAAAGGCAAAAAGCGUGUCACCCGGCUGGUGGUGAUCGUGGUGGCAGCCUUCGCUUCACUGUGGUUUCCAAUUCAGGUCAUUCUGGUGCUGAAAAGUGUCGAUGUUUUCGUACCGGAUACACAUUUCAAAAUAUCGCUACAAAUAGUUUCGCAUGUCCUGGCCUACACAAGCUCCUGUAUAAAUCCCCUGCUGUAUGCGUUCCUCUCGGAAAAUUUUCGGAAAGCGUUUCGCAAGAUCGUCUACUGUGGACCGGGAAGCCGACGGCUGGGAAGCCAGCGACAUAUGCCACUGCCAACGAAAACGACGCGUACUGGUAGCUGUCCAGACAUUUUAUAA